AUGUCUCAAGACCAAAAUAAUGCUCCUGGCCAAGGGAAUCAAUCCAGCCAUAUGCCUCCUCCACCUCUCCCCCCAGUCAUUAUCCCGCAGAACACGAACCCGAUUCCGACGGCCAUCACUUCGCCGAUGUCGGUUUCCGGUGUGACCUCACCCACUUCUGCUGGGGGGUUCGUCCGCCGUGCCGCACCCGAGCCAAACAAGAGAGCCUUGUACGUUGGCGGAGUGGAUCCCCGCGUUACCGAGGAGAUUCUAAAACAGAUUUUUGAAACCACUGGCCAUGUUCAGAGCGUCAAAAUUAUCCCUGACAAAAACAGUAAGGGGUACAACUAUGGCUUCAUUGAAUACGAUGAUCCUGGUGCGGCUGAGCGUGCCAUGGCAACUUUGAAUGGAAGAAGGAUCCACCAGGCUGAAAUUCGUGUCAACUGGGCAUAUCAAUCCAACCAGUCUAGCAAGGAAGACACUACUAACCACUUCCAUAUCUUCGUCGGUGACCUUUCCAACGAGGUCAACGAUGAAGUCCUUACCCAAGCCUUCUCUGCCUUUGGCUCAGUUUCUGAGGCCCGCGUUAUGUGGGAUAUGAAGACUGGCCGCUCCCGCGGUUACGGUUUUGUCGCUUUCCGUGAGCGCACUGACGCCGAGAAGGCUCUGAGCAGUAUGGAUGGAGAAUGGCUUGGUUCUCGUGCGAUCCGCUGCAACUGGGCUAACCAGAAAGGCCAGCCCUCUAUCUCUCAGCAGGCCGCUAUGGCUGCUAUGGGAAUGACUCCUACUACUCCCUAUGGUCAUCACCAUUUCCCGACCCAUGGCGUUCAGAGCUAUGACAUGAUUGUCCAGCAAACACCCCAAUGGCAAACAACCGUUUAUGUCGGUAAUCUUACACCUUACACAACCCAGAAUGACCUUGUUCCAUUGUUCCAGAACUUUGGUUACGUUGUCGAGACUAGGUUUCAAGCAGACAGAGGGUUUGCAUUUGUCAAGAUGGACACUCAUGAGAAUGCUGCAAUGGCAAUCUGCCAGCUCUCAGGGUACAACGUGAAUGGAAGGCCGCUGAAGUGUAGCUGGGGUAAGGAUCGCCCCCCAACUGGCCAAUACGACGGAUAUUCUCCGCAGCAGCCAAACACUCCUCAGUACCCUCCACAGACCCCUUCUGCGUACUUUCCACAAUACGGUAGUCCUAUGGCUCCCCAGGGUCCUCCCGGAUCUGCUGGUGGUCCAAAUGCUAUCCAAGGUCAUGGUCCCCAGUCACCAGCUGGUCCAUCUCCACCUGGUAGAUGGCAAGAUCAAUCACAGGGCUUCGGAGGACCACAGACUGGGUCCGGCUAUGGAGGAGUCCCACAGAGUGCUGGUGGAUACGGUCGUGGAAAUGGCGCCGGAACUCCUGGAGGUUGGGGCAACAACUCCGUUGGAGGUUUCGGAACCAACGGCUUCGGAGCCUACCAGCAGCAGUAA